CUCAGGAUGUCCGAUGUAAAUGCAUAUGUCCACCAUACAAAGACCACGCUGGUGAAAUUUUUAGUAGAAACGUUUCACAGAAGGACUGUGAUUGUCUUCAUGUGGUGGAGCCUAUGCCAGUUCUUGGACAGGAUGUAGAAGCCUAUUGCUUGCGUUGUGAAUGCAAGUAUGAGGAAAGAAGCUCUGAAACAAUAAAAAUUACCAUCAUAAUAUAUUUGUCCAUCUUGGGUCUUCUGCUACUAUACAUGGUGUAUCUCACUAUGGUAGAACCAAUUCUGAAGAGACGUCUCUUUGGACAUUCACAGCUAAUACAGAGCGAUGAAGACAUUGGGGAUCACCAGCCUUUUGCAAAUGCUCAUGAUGUGUUGGCUCGUUCCCGAAGUCGUGCCAACAUGUUGAACAAAGUUGAAUAUGCCCAGCAGCGAUGGAAACGCCAAGUCCAAGAGCAGCGUAAAUCUGUAUUUGAUCGCCAUGUUGUGCUCAGUUAAUAUGUCCAGUGACAUCUCCAAGAUGUUGGAUGAAAUGCCCUAAAAUAAAGCACUGACUUCUGUCUUCAUGAAAUGCCACACCAGAAAGCUGUUUUUGCAUCUUACCAACAAAGUACAAACACAAAUGGAAGAUUUUAAAAUCUUUUAAUAAGCCAAAAUCUCUGUACAUACUCAGUUGCUUUUACUAAUAAAAUAUAAGCAAUUAUUUGCGUGAUCCUUAUGAUAUAGAGAGAAAAUUGUUUAUGAUCCUUAAAUGAGGUUUUCAUGAAUCUGGAGAAGAAUGUGCAGCAUGUCUGUUACAAGUGAUUUGCAUAUGAAACCUUUGUAAAUACAUUGUUUUCUUAUCAACUGCUAUAUGUUGAAGACUCAUGUUGUACAGUAUAACUAUCACUUCUAAAACUUUGAACUGUUAAAUUAUAUUUCUAUCAACUUGUUAGCUUGCUUCUAUAAAUAUAAGGUAGGCCCUCCAUGUACAGAGAUAGCUGGUAAGCUAGAGGCUUGGCGUAAUAACUAAAGUUACAGACUUAGUGCAGUGUGCAAUUGGAAUUGGACCUUCUACCUUGCUUGCUAAAAAUUCUGUGUGAUAUCUGCAAUUUAUGUAAAUUUCAAUACUUGGUGGAUAAUUAUUUUUUAAAAUUAGCUUGAUAAUGGAAUUCAAAUAAAGUCUUCAGAAUAUUGGCAUCA